GUGAGGCUCUGACAAGCUGACACUGCGAGCGCCAGGCACGGCGAGCGCACGACGAAAUGGCGGCGGUGGCGGCGGUGGCGGCAGUGUCGGCGGGGCCGUGUGGGCAGCCUCCCUCGCCAGAGGAAACGAGAAGAGAAAGAGACUCUCACUCAGUCUCUCAGAGAGACAGGCAGGGGGAGGGGAGGGCGGCUCUCGCUUCAAUACUCCCGGCGGGAGAGCUCGCAGAGCCUUUGGUGCACGGCCAGCCCCCCCCUUCCCCCCGCUGCCGGUCAUGUGACCUUAACGUAACCGGACAGGAAAGCACCGAGUGGCGUUUUUUUUUUUUUUUCUCCCUCGCUGGGUGGACUCCUCUCGGAGAGGAAGGAGGAGGAGACGGUGGGUUCCCCGUCAAGGAGCAGCACGGGCUCUCGCCGGCGCACGAUCUGUCGGAGCUGAGAUUGCAGUAAAGAAAGAUGGAUUUGGCCAACCAUGGACUUAUUCUUCUCCAGCAACUAAACGCCCAGCGUGAAUUUGGGUUUCUGUGUGACUGCACAGUUGCCAUAGGCGAUGUCUACUUCAAAGCACAUAAGUCUGUUCUUGCAUCGUUUUCCAAUUAUUUUAAGAUGCUUUUUGUUCAUCAGACAAGUGAAUGUGUCCGCUUGAAGUCGACAGACAUCCAGCCAGACAUCUUUAGUUAUCUCUUGCACCUGAUGUACACUGGGAAAAUGGCUCCACAGCUCAUCGAUCCUGUUCGCCUGGAGCAAGGCAUUAAGUUUUUGCAUGCAUUUCCUCUCAUCCAAGAAGCCAGCCUUGCAAGUCACGGUGGGUUUUCUCACCCUGAUCAGGUUUUCCCUCUUGCAUCUUCUCUCUAUGGCAUUCAAAUUGCAGAUCACCAAAUAAGGCCCCCAGCAAAGGUUACCCCAGCCCCUGAAAAAGCUAGCCGUGACACACGGCAGCAAAAUUCUAGAUUAAAUCAGGAUCCCACACCUGAGAACGUGCAAAUAACACAGCUCCCCUCUGCACUACCUGCAGCAAACCGGACAAAUUUAACAUUCUCUGAGUCUGUACAUGCACCAUUAUCACCUGAGCCAACCUCUUCUGUCCUUCCUACAGCUGCUUCUCUAGAAGAAAACAGUAUGGAGGAAUCGCCAAAUGAGGAGCAGAACAACUCUCUGACAAUAGCCCACGUGAAGCCAAGCAUUAUGAAGAGAAAUGGAAGCUUCCCCAAAUACUAUGCUUGUCAUCUUUGUGGACGUCGCUUUAACUUGCGGAGUAGCCUGCGUGAACAUCUUCAGCUUCACACAGGAAUACCGUUCACCGCCUCGACUGGGCAGACAGAGACUAGCAUCUCCCCAUCAUUCUGCAACAAUGGAGCUGAGAUGGGAAAAGAAUCCAUGGAGACAACUGAAGCUGGUGGCAUGAGUGACAGUGACAUGCCACAGAUUUCUGACUCUCCAAUCAUUGAUGGGCAACAACAGUCUGAUACUCCACCACCUACAGACAUUGCAGACAUAGAUAAUUUAGAGCAAGCAGACCAAGAGAGAGAAGUAAAGCGUAGAAAGUAUGAAUGCACAAUAUGCGGGCGUAAGUUUAUCCAAAAGAGCCAUUGGAGGGAGCAUAUGUACAUCCAUACAGGUAAACCAUUCAAAUGCAGCACCUGUGAUAAGAGCUUCUGCAGGGCAAACCAAGCUGCAAGACAUGUUUGUCUUAAAAGCUCUGAUACAUACACAGUGGUGGACAAGCAGACUCUCGAAUUGUGUUCCUUUGAUGAAGGCAGCCAAAUGGACAACAUGCUAGUUCAAACAAACAAACGUUAUAAAUGUAACCUGUGUGACAAAACAUUCUCAACCCCCAAUGAGGUGGUCAAACAUACGUGCCAAGGCCAAAAUUCUGAUGUCUUUGCUAUGGAAGCAGAAGGAAAGUCCAUUCUUUUGAGCAGUGGAGACUCAGAACCUGCUGACAAUGAAAACUCAAUGCUAACUUCUAUUAAGAAAGAGCAAGAAACUGUGCUAGAUUAAUUUCCGUCACUAUGAAAUCUUUCUUUCUUUGUAAAUUUUUCUUUUUUUCUUAAUCUAUCAUUUCUAUCUCUUCCGUCCCUUUACCUUCACUUUCAACAUAGGUUUGAAUUAGAGUGUAGCUAGGAAAAAAACAAAACAAAAAAAAAUCUCACUCUUUUGCUCACAAUGUAUUUCCUAUUUUAUAUGAAUAUUAUUGUUUUUUUCAUUUAUUUGUGCUUUAUAAUGAAACUGGAAAGAUGAGGUGAUCUCCCUUUAUAUCAGUAGAACUACUGACAUUUCAUAGAUAACUUGUUUGUAGGUGGAAACUGUUUAACUUGAAAUAUAUUUGUGCAUAAUGAUGAAGCAAGUCUUUGGUGGUAAGAAACAUAAAUUUAUACAAAUGUUUAAUAUAUCAUACUUGUUUUCAGCCAGGUGCAAAUAGGACAAGACAGCAUUUUCUGACACUGCUGCGGAAAUUAUUAAUUCAAAGAAAUACAGUUUUUAAAGCCUUGGAGUAGCUCUUAGAGAGAAAAUCUUACUAUGAGCUUUGUUUCUUAAUUAUUACUUCUCAAUAGAAAACACCUGACCUAGGUUAAUGUUAAGUUACUAUGCCAUAGUUAUAACCAUAGUACAAAUAUGAAAACAUUUUGUUCCUCCUCUAAUUAUAUUUCAUAGGAAGAGCUGCCUAUUUUGGUAUGCUAUCUUUUAUGUGGGUUUUAAUGAUAAUCAGUUCACCCAUCCAUAGUGCAUUUUUUCUUUCAAUACCGUAUCUAUACAAAACAUACUCCACUUGCACAACAGGUUUUCCUGACACGGUGUGAUUUGAAGAGUGUUGGAGGCCAAGGAAACAUUUUCUAGUGAAAAGUGAGCAUCUUAUAAUAUCCUGAAACAAAAUACACGUGUCUUACUUUUUUAACCUAAUGACUUAAGACCUUAACUACAGGUCUUUUAACCACAGUCUGUGAACCACACCAUUCAUACAGCUGCAGAUGCUACAGAAUGCAGAGUACUCCCCACGAGCCGAAUAACUGAAAUUGGUGACAUUCUUUACAGUCAAAAUUUUACCUUAAAAUCCCCUAGUAGUAUUUCUCUCUACCAGUCUUUGUUGUAAACCUAUUUGUGGAACUUAAAAUUUCAUAUCCUAUAAUAGCCAUUGUUUCCCGAUUUUUGUUUUGUAUUUCAGUAAAUCAUUGCAUAGGUAUAUUGUUCAUUUCUCUUUUAAUGAUUAUUAUUGCAUAGCAACCUGCCGUGCCUUACAGCUUACUUAGCUAUAUCCUCCAAUGGGUCACAUUCCUCCCAGUUCACAAUUAUGGUCAUUUUGUUCGCUGUCAACUGAAGGCCAAUUAAAUUGUUUGUGUUUAUUUUAUUUUUCUUACGUUUUUUUUUAUUAUUAUUUACUUCUUACCAUAGAAAAUUAGGCCCAGUUACACACACAUGGCAAUCAGUACAAAUACAAUCACCUAUGUUUCAUGUAUUCUUAAUGCAAUCUCAUCUAUAUCUUUAUUUCUCACUUUGUGUAUACCAAUAUUUUAUCAUGGUGAAACAGCACUGUUCCAGAAAGAUAACAAGAAAUGAAAUAAUGCAGUUUCUUAAGUAUGGCCCCUUCUUGUGAUUUAUUUUAUUUUUAGGUUUUAAGUGCUAUAUUAUAAAUCUUAAUUGAAUUUAUUACUGGAAUAACUGUUGCAUUGCUUGUUCCAGUUACAAGCUCUCUCAUCGAAAGCAGCUCAGAUUGUUAUAAUUUUCCACGUCGCCUUUAUUUUAAAUAUACUUUAAAGCAGCAGCUCUCAGAGAAUACUUCAAUUAACCUGUUGCUUUAUAUCUGUUGUCAUGUACAUGAAUUUUUAUUUUCUUCAAAAUAAAGCAAUCUUUUUUGUAAAAAAAAAACCUCUGCGUUUUUAAAGUACACCUUCAAACUUACUAUAUGCAUCCUUUAACGUCAUGUCUGACUUAUUUACCAGAUUACAAAAGUGUUGCAGUGCAAGAGCUAUUGGCAGUAUCAAACCUUGAAAAAUUAAAUAAAAUUAAUUGAGAGGGAGAGCAGUGCUACCAGAGAUUUUCGAUUUCAUUAAAUUGUAAUUAUUAAUGUACAUUUACAAUGAAUGUAAUGUAUCCUUUAAAAACUCCUAAUCAAUUGUUUAAAUACAGAUAUUAAAAGUAUUUAGAGCUUGGUCUAA